UUUAUGGAUAAGGUAUUUCGCAGUUUCGCACACUAUAUACCCUUUCGCUCUCGCAUCUCGUUUGUGCGCAACGUAUGUUUCCAUCUUUCGCGAGUAUCCGCUCUCUACUUAGCGACUCGGCGCGCUUAGAUUACAGAGCAACCAGUUCCGGACCUGUCUGCUCCACAAAUCGUCUCUCUUUGAUUAGUUUGUGAUAUUUAGCUUCUGCCUACUCGUAAAUUAGGGAAAGACGAAAUGCCGGAAAAGCGCGACGGCGAUGGCCCCGAGGGCCAGGAGGUAGUGCCUGCGAAGCGGCAACGGACGGAUCUGGUGGCGGUGCCAUCUGGAGGCGAUGGGGACAAGGGGAAGCAAUUAGCUGUCACUAAAGACGGAGUCAAGCGGACGUCGUCUCUUCUCGCCCCAAUCAUGCUCCUGACCGGCCAUGCUGCGGGGGUGUUCACAAUGAAGUUCAGCCCGGAUGGGGAGGUCAUAGCGUCGGGAUCACAAGACAAGGAAAUCUUCCUGUGGCGCAUAGAGGGCGAGUGCGACAACUACAUGGUGCUCAAGGGCCACAAGAACGUCGUUCUCGAGCUGCACUGGGCAGCAGACGGCCACAGCAUUGUUUCUGCAAGUCCUGACCAGACUGUUAGGGCGUGGGAUGUGGAGACAGGCAAGCAGAUAAAGAAGAUGGCGGAGCAUUCGUCCUUCGUCAACAGCUGCUGCCCGGCCCCCAGAGGGCCCCCACUGAUAGUCAGUGGAUCCGACGACGGCACGGCCAAGCUGUGGGACAUGCGGGUUCGAGGCUGCAUCCAGACGUUUCCCGACAAGUACCAGGUCACAUCGGUGGCGUUCUCUUAUAACGGGGAUAAAGUGUACUCGGGCGGAAUCGACAACCAAGUCAAAGUAUGGGACCUCAGGCGAUCAGGCGGCACCUCGGCAGCAGCAUCAGGAGGAGGAGCAUCAGGAGGCGAUGAGGAUGCAGCAGAGGGGAGUGCAGGGGGGGGUGGGGGUAGCAAGGGAGCGGAGCCGGUGAUGCGGCUGCUGGGGCACACGGACACGAUAACGGGGAUGAGGGUCAGUCCGGACGGCGCGUAUCUGCUCACCAACGCCAUGGACUGCACGCUGCGCAUCUGGGACCUCAGGCCCUACGCCCCUCAGAACCGGUGUGUGAAGAUAUUCACGGGUCACCAGCACAGCGUGGAGAAGAACCUGCUCAAGUGUGAUUGGUCGCCUGACGGCUCUCGGGUGACAGCUGGCAGCGCGGACCGCAUGGUGUAUGUGUGGGACACCACGAUGCGGCGGAUCCUGUACAAGCUGCCUGGCCACAAGGGGUCAGUGAACGAGGCAGUGUUUCACCCGUCUCAGCCCAUCAUUGGCUCCUGCUCUAGUGACAAGCAGAUCUAUUUGGGCGAGUUGGACCCCUCCCUCAAAUGAAGCCUACAGCUGAAUAGAUGCUGACUGACAGCAGUGGGCUAAACCCAGGAGGAAUUGCAAUGGAAUUUUGACGAAGGUGAUUCAGUCUCCAAGAUGCAUACCUUCAAGAUACCGUACAAGAAAAUGUGUUGUGAUUUUGCAUAAAAUCAACAGAGCACUAGCUCUUCCACGGCCUAUCCUUCUUAAAGGCUAAACUUCAUGAUUGAUCUUUAAGUUGCACCCAUAAGGAAACGAC